AAUGUGCCACACCGGAAAGACUACAUUACCCAGAGUUGGGCACCUUCCUCUCAAAUGCACAUGCGCAUUAGAUUGUUCUACUCUGGACAGCUGUAGGAGAAAAUGGCAGCACUCAUGCUAGGGCAGCAGGUCCGCCAGUUCAGCACGUCUGUGGUCAGACCUGCAUCAAAACUGGUUAAGCCUCCCAUCCAGGUUUAUGGAGUGGAGGGCCGCUAUGCCACUGCUCUGUUCUCAGCGGCCAGUAAGCAGAACAAUCUGGACCAAGUGGAGCAGGAGCUCAAAAAAGUGUCUCUUCUGAUCAAGGACCCCAAUCUUUCUGGUAUUGUGAUGAAUCCUCAUGUAAGGCGCAGUGUCAAGCAGAAGACUUUCAAUGAUGCUCUUACGAAGGCCAAGGUUUCACCCAUCACUGUCAACCUCAUCAAUGUUUUGUCUGACAACGGUCGACUUCCUCGAACUGGUGAUGUUAUCACUGCCUUUGGCAAGAUGAUGAGUGCACACCGCGGAGAGGUCAUCUGCACCGUCACCACUGCUCAGCCUUUGGAUGAAGCUAAUCUUGCUGACCUGAAAGUAGCGCUCAAGGGCUUCCUUCAGAAGGGUGAAACUAUCAAGCUAGAAACAAAGUCUGAUUCUUCAAUCCUGGGGGGUAUGAUCGUCAGUAUCGGGGACAAGUAUGUGGACAUGUCCACCAAAACAAAGAUUCAGAAGCUGACCAAGCUCAUCAGGGAAACUUAAGUCCCGUGGACUUAAUAAGGAUCGCAGAUGAACAUCGAGGGAAAUGCUGAUAAAUGUAUAUUGCUAUCUGUUCUGGCACUGCAGUUGCUCCAUAAACCCAGUGUCUAUACUUAAGUUCAUAUGGAUGUUAAUAAAACGUACAACAAAUGGA